AUGGAUAUUUUAAUUAUACAUAUUGGAGCAGGUAUUCAUGAUCAGAAAUUGACUCAUAAAUAUAAAUCAUUAUUAAGAAAUGCAUUAUCAAAACAAUCAGUGCUAGAAUCAAGUAAAAUCAUUGAAUCCUCAUCAUUAACAAAUACCGGAUAUGGAUCAUCAUUGAAUUUAUUAGGUAAAGUUGAAUGUGAUGCAAGUUUUAUAAUAAAUGAUAAUAUCAAUAAAGAAGAAUCAAGAAUAGGAUCACUUGUUAAUAUGAAUUGUAAAUUCCCAAUUCUGGAAUUAUUUCAAGUGUUUAAUAAAAUUGAUGAAUUAUAUAAUUAUGAAUCGGAUUUGACCCCACCUAUCAUGUUAUCUUAUCCUAAUUUGAAGAAUUUUCUCAAUGGGGAAGUAAUUGAAGAUCAUAAAGAAUUAAUAUCACCUAAAUCUCAAAGAAUAUAUGAUUUAUAUAAAGAUAAAGUGUUUAAAGAUAAGAAAUUACCAAAUGGUAUUUCAGAUACCAUUGGCGUGAUACAUCUUGAAAAUAAUACAACAACUAUUGCUUCAUCAUCUGGUGGGAAUUUAUUUAAACUUCCUGGAAGAAUAGGAUGUGCUGGUAUAAUAGGAGCUUCUAUUGCAUUCAACAAAUUUGAAGAUGUUAAAAUCAGUUGUAUGUGUUCUGGUAAUGGAGAACAAAUUAUUCGUUAUAAAUUGGCACAAUUACUUGUUGAAAAUAUAUAUAAUUACCUGGAAGAUAAUUAUGGUGAAUGUAUUGAUAACCUACUAUGUCGAUUACCAGUUCCCUUGUAUAUUGGAUUUAUUGUAGUGAUUGAAACACUGGAAAGAGUUCAACUUUUAUAUGGACACACUACUGAAUCAUUUCAUUUUGGAUUUAGAGUUGCAAAAGAUAAAAUAAAAGUAAUAUUGAGCUAUGCUGAACAAGAAGGUAAACUUACAUUUGGAGAAUAUAUACUAGCUUAA